AAGCACCAUCCCACGAAAAUGCGGGGGCGUCCAGACGAGAGCAUAUAAUCGACGUCGCGACGCCGCCGAGGCACAGACGCCGCUCCACCUCUGUCCCGUGCACGAGCGUUAAAAUCGAAGAAAAACAACAAUGUGUGACGACGAAGUAGCUGCCCUGGUCGUAGACAAUGGCUCCGGCAUGUGCAAGGCUGGUUUCGCCGGAGACGACGCUCCCCGCGCCGUUUUCCCCUCGAUCGUCGGUCGACCUCGCCAUCAGGGAGUGAUGGUCGGUAUGGGUCAAAAGGACAGCUACGUGGGUGACGAGGCCCAGAGCAAAAGAGGUAUCCUGACUCUGAAAUACCCGAUCGAGCACGGUAUCAUCACCAAUUGGGAUGACAUGGAGAAGAUCUGGCAUCACACCUUCUACAACGAAUUGCGUGUCGCUCCGGAAGAACACCCUGUCCUCCUUACUGAAGCGCCCCUCAACCCGAAAGCUAAUCGCGAGAAGAUGACGCAGAUCAUGUUCGAAACCUUCAACAGCCCGGCCAUGUACGUCGCCAUCCAGGCCGUCCUUUCCCUGUACGCUUCCGGUCGUACCACCGGUAUCGUCCUGGACUCCGGUGACGGUGUCUCCCACACCGUACCCAUCUACGAAGGUUACGCUCUUCCUCAUGCCAUCCUCCGUCUGGACUUGGCCGGUCGCGAUCUUACUGACUAUCUCAUGAAGAUCCUCACCGAGAGAGGCUACAGCUUCACCACCACGGCCGAGCGAGAAAUCGUUCGCGACAUCAAGGAGAAGCUCUGCUACGUCGCCCUGGACUUCGAACAGGAAAUGGCCACCGCUGCCGCCAGCACCUCCCUCGAGAAGAGCUACGAGUUGCCUGAUGGUCAGGUCAUCACCAUCGGUAACGAGAGGUUCCGUACACCAGAGGCCCUCUUCCAACCUUCCUUCUUGGGUAUGGAAUCUUGCGGUAUCCACGAGACCGUCUACAACUCUAUCAUGAAGUGCGACGUUGAUAUCCGUAAGGAUCUCUACGCCAACAAUGUCCUCUCUGGUGGUACCACCAUGUACCCCGGUAUCGCCGAUCGUAUGCAGAAGGAAAUCACCGCUCUCGCGCCUUCGACCAUCAAGAUCAAGAUCAUCGCUCCUCCCGAAAGGAAGUACUCUGUAUGGAUCGGUGGUUCCAUCCUGGCUUCUCUAUCUACUUUCCAGCAGAUGUGGAUCUCCAAACAGGAGUACGACGAAUCUGGCCCUGGCAUCGUCCACCGCAAGUGCUUCUAAGCAAUUACGCUCGAUCCUAUUUACUAUUAUUGUUAUUAUUGCUACACCUUUCCCUAAGAUGUACCGUUCACUGCCGCAUUGCUUCGUCUAGUUGGG